CAGUCUCGGGUCGGGUUUUGGGGCGGCAUUCGGGUGGCUCAGCAGCAGCUGUUUUUUGGAGCUGGGCAGCAGGUUCGCUAUGCCGCGCCGUGUUCACGCAUUCAUUCAGUGUUGGAACGCGUUCCGGUGCGGACACGGUGUGUCGAAGACGAUCGACAGCGGCGAUAAACGGACGAACGAACGCGAGCUCGCGGUGGUGUGUUUUUUUCGGUUUGUGUGUUGCGUUUUACCACUGGGGUGAGUGCGUGCUGCGUACCGCAAGCUGUUUCCCCCCACCUCCUGGUUGUCGUUGCGUAUGUAGCGCACCUUGUGCUCCCCCCCCCCGCAUCGGCUCGGGACGACUUUUCCCUUCCGGUUCUUAGCUGCCCGGAGAAGCGGAAAUCGUGUGUCGCUUAAUCUAAUCGGCUCGGUGUUGGAAAAGAAAAGUAAUAAAGAGCACUGAGACUGUGUGCGCAACAGUUGCGGUCGUUCGGUGUGCGUAAUUUCGGGUCGCGUGACGACGGUGACGUGUGCAAGGAGAAGUAGUAGAUGACGCAUAGAAAUCAUUCGCAAUCGCUAGAAUCCGUCAUUCGACCCCGUGCGUGUGUGUACCGUUUAAAGUGUGCGUUAUAAAUGGUGUGAGCCCUUACCCCGCCGGUGGGCUUUUGCUUUUGGUUGUUGCCAUUGCGAAGAGGCAAAUGUGCAGUGGAAAAUUUGGCCUAAAAGGCCCACGCGUCGUAAAGCUCUUGCAAGUGGAAAGCUGAAGUGGUUCAAGAAAUACUCGAGUAUUAAAAUAGUAAAAGAAAAGGUGAAUUGUGAGCUUGAGCGUGACCGGGCGUGAAUGCACAAGCUCCUCUCCGGCUUCCAACGAGUACGUUGGUUUAGCUUGUGUACGUGAAGAUACGUGCGCAUCAAAUUCCACCUAAGUGUCAAUUUUAAAGGUACCGUACCUGCUUUGAUCUAGCUCGUUGCAGUGCAGCGUCGUCAAAAAAAAAAACCUCCGAAAGAUUUAUAUAUUCAAACGCCGCCUGUCGCGGAGUGUCAGUUGCAGAAUUGCUGUUUUGCCGACGCACCAAUAAGAACAGGUUCGUGUGUUGCACCGUUACAUGUCAAUUUCGGCUUCAAAUUUAACUUCCGCCAAUGAUGGAUUGAAGUUGCUGGCGAUAGGAAGUGACCGUGGCGAAUAAUUUCAAAAUAAUCGUGCAAAAUGAUGAAUUGAAAGCAAGUGAUGUACGCCUAAUGUGUCCGUGCUGCUGCAAAUGAUGGUCGGGUGAAACGAGCAGUAUCCGAAUCCGAAGUGUGUGCCAUUGUUGGUGCGAUAGUGCGCCCCCUUUUUUUGUUUCCUAGAACAGCACUACAGCCACUACAGCGCCCCCCCAAAUUCCCUGUAACCUUUUCAUAAUCCUCUGCACGAUCCUCCGCUCUCGCUUCCCGUUUGCUCUCCAUCGCGCAAUUGUUGUGCUGGGUGCGUGCUUUUCCCAGCUGUGUGGGUAGUGACGGGUGCGUGCGUGUGUUUGUGUGUGUGUGUGGUAAGUAAAAGAAAUUAGCCAGCGUUUAUGAGCGCGCUAAGUGUUCGCGACCGAGUAAACAACUGCCCAUCGCUACUCCGCCGCAAUCGGUGUUGCUGCUGUCAGCCGUCCGUCGACCCGACCGCAGUCACCAGCUAGGACCUGCGAGGUGCACAAAAUGGCGGCACAGUCACUGCGGCCAUGCUACGCCACCGCUAACCAGAGCCAUCGAGGGCAGCGGCAGCAAUCUGUCCACAGCAAAAGCCACGCUCGCCGGGCUCAACCCAGCAGCAGUAUGGCGGGCGGCAGGUGGAUGCAGGUCGCAAUGAUGGCACUGGUGGUAGUAGCGGUCGCCCUGCACCACCACGGUGUUGGCGCGUCGCCGAACGCAACCGUCGCUAAUGGAAGCGUUAAUGGGAAGCUUUCGGAGCGGCACAGUUACAACGCGAGCGCUAGCGAUGAUCUAAUGAGAUCAACGCCGGAUGAGAUCAACGCCGGGCUGCUCGAGUACGUUGCCGGCCCGCUGCCGCUGGCGGCGAUGGAGGCGGCCAAACCGAAGCGUGCCAAUGCGCGCCCGGCCGCCAUCUACAUGAACGAGUUCGCCGUCUACAUUCCGCGGGGCGCGGACGUUGCCGACUCCAUCGCCCACAAGUACGGAUUCAGCAACAUGGGACAGAUUGGUCCGCUAAAAGGAUACUAUCUGUUCCAUCACAAUCACGUGCGCAAACGCUCGGUAGACCGUAGCGAGGCGCAUCACAACGCCCUGAACACCGAGCCGGAGGUUCGAUGGGUGCAGCAACAGCACGAAAAGCCCCGCUUCAAGCGCGACUACAGCACGUUCGAUCAGGAUUUCGUGCGAUUUCCCGGCUUCCGGUCGCUAGUGUCCGGGACGCGCAUGGCGUACCGGGACACGAGCACCCACAACAUCUUUCCCGAUCCACUAUUCAAGGAACAGUGGUACCUGGUGAGUGCCAACGGCGGCGCCAAGGAUGGACCGGACAUGAACGUUGGCCCGGCCUGGCAGAAGGGUUACACGGGCAAGGGCGUCGUCGUGUCCAUCCUGGACGACGGUAUCCAGCGCAACCAUCCGGAUCUGGCGCUCAACUACGACCCGGCCGCAUCGUACGACAUUAACGGCAACGACUCGGACCCGAUGCCGCGCGAUAACGGUGACAACAAGCAUGGCACGCGGUGCGCCGGGGAGGUAGCGGCCGUCGCCUUCAACCAGUACUGUGGGGUCGGCGUGGCGUACAACGCAAGCAUUGGUGGCGUCCGGAUGCUGGACGGCACGGUAAACGAUGCGGUGGAAGCGAAGGCACUCGGCCUGUAUCCGGACCACAUCGACAUCUACAGCGCGUCCUGGGGCCCGGAAGACGACGGCUCGACGGUGGAUGGGCCGGGCCCGCUGGCUCGCCGUGCCUUCAUCUUCGGUGUGACGAGCGGCCGGCAGGGCAAGGGUUCGAUCUUCAUCUGGGCGUCCGGUAACGGGGGCCGCUACACCGACAGCUGCAACUGCGACGGCUACACCAACUCCAUCUUUACCCUCUCGAUCUCGAGCGCCACCCAGGGCGGCUACAAGCCCUGGUAUCUGGAGGAGUGCUCGUCCACCCUAGCGACCACCUACAGCUCGGGCACGCCCGGGCACGACAAGAGCGUCGCGACCGUCGACAUGGACGGUUCGCUGCGCCCGGAUCGCAUCUGCACGGUGGAGCACACGGGCACGUCGGCCUCGGCCCCGCUGGCGGCCGGCAUAGCGGCGCUGGCGCUCGAGGCCAACCCGGCCCUGACCUGGCGCGACAUGCAGUAUCUGGUGGUGCUGACGUCACGGUCCGAUCCGCUCGAGAAGGAGCCGGGCUGGAUACUGAACGGCGUGAAGCGCAAGGUGAGCCACAAGUUCGGCUACGGCCUGAUGGAUGCCGGUGCGAUGGUCAGCCUGGCGGAGCAGUGGACGACCGUGCCGUCGCAGCACAUCUGCAAGUCGCGCGAAAUCAACGAGGACCGGCCGAUCGAGGUGUCCGUCGGCUACACGCUCCAGACGCACAUGGACGUGAACGGGUGCGCCGGCACGGUGAACGAGGUGCGCUUCCUCGAGCACGUGCAGUGCAAGAUCACGCUGCGGUUCUUCCCGCGCGGCAACCUGCGCAUCCUGCUGACCUCGCCGAUGGGCACGACCUCGACGCUGCUGUUCGAGCGGCCGCGCGACAUCACCAAGUCCAACUUCGACGACUGGCCGUUCCUGAGCGUGCACUUCUGGGGCGAGCGGGCCGAGGGCCGCUGGACGCUGCAGAUCCUGAACGGGGGGCCGCGCCGCGUCAGCCAGCCCGGCAUCCUGUCCAAGUGGCAGCUCAUCUUCUACGGCACCCAGACGAACCCGAUCCGGCUCAAGUCGGAGGGCACGCGGACGGCCGGUGCGGCCGGCUACUCCGGCCUCAAUCCGUUCGUGUUUCCGACGGAGACGGACCUGAACCAGCAGGCGGGUGCGCUUGGUGGGGCCGGCGCCGGCUACUACCAGUCGGCCGACCUGUACAGCAACUUCAUGAACUACCCGAACCUGUUCAGCGGGGCGGGCAGCGGCAUCGACAAGACGGUGGCCACGCUCAACGGGCACAACAUACCGACGGCCCAGCGCGAGAACGUGAUGGCCGACUCGAACAACAAGCUGGUGGUGCUGCACGACUGCGACCCCGAGUGCGACCAGCAGGGCUGCUACGGCAAGGGCCCGACGCAAUGCGUUGCCUGCAAACACUAUCGGCUGGACAAUACCUGCGUCAGCCGGUGUCCCCCGAGGAGCUUCCCGAACCAGGGCGGCGUCUGCUGGCCGUGCCACGAGUCGUGCGAAACGUGUGCCGGCGCCGGCCAGGACAGCUGCCUGACGUGUGCGCCCGCCCACCUGUACGUUACCGAUCUGGCCGUCUGUCUGCAGGUCUGCCCGGAGGGCUACUACGAAAACUACGAUAAUCGAACGUGUGUGCCGUGCGAGGCCAACUGUGCCUCCUGCCAGGAUCGGCCCGAUUACUGUACGAGCUGUGAUCAUCAUUUAGUUAUGCAUGAGCACCGCUGUUACGCCGCCUGCCCGAAGAACACCUACGAAACGGAGGAUUACAACUGCGCCGAUUGCCAUCCGUCCUGUGCCACCUGCAACGGGUCGUCGGAGAGCCAGUGCAUCCUGUGCCGGGCAGGCCGGUUCGCGCACGAGGGCCGCUGCCUGAACGCGUGCCCGGACGGUUACUACGGCGACAAGAAGCGGCACGAGUGCAUCGCCUGCCCGCACGGCUGCGCCACCUGCGGCAAUGGAGCGGUCUGCAUCACCUGCCACGACAACUGGACCAUGAACCGGAAAGGGAAAUGCAUCGCCAACGGCAACAACAACUGCGACGAAUCGGAAUACUUUGAAAACGGCCACUGCCACCCGUGCCACUCGACGUGCGAAACCUGUACCGGGCCGACGGAGAACGAGUGCCUGACCUGCGCCUCGAACCUGCUGCUCCAGGGCGCGCGGUGCGUGAACGUGUGCGACGACGGCUACUACAUGGAGGUGGGCGUCUGUGCCAAGUGUCUGCACACCUGCACCCAGUGCGUGUCGCGCAUGAACUGCACCGCCUGCAUGAAGGGUUUGCAGCUGCAGAGCGGCGAAUGCCGCACCACGUGUGCCGACGGCUACUACAGCGAUCGUGGCACCUGUGCGAAAUGCUAUCUGAGCUGCCACACGUGCAGCGGGCCGCGCCGGAACCAGUGCGUCCAGUGCCCGGAGGGAUGGCAGCUGGCCGGUGGUGAAUGUUUCCCCGAGUGUCCGGAAGGGUUCUUCAAGACGAAGUUCGGCUGCCAGCGCUGCCACCAUUACUGCAAGACUUGCAACGGAGCUGGCCCGCUGGCCUGUACGACCUGUCCCGCGCACAGCAUGCUGCAGAACGGGCUGUGCAUCGACUGUCUCGCCUCGCAGUACUACGAUCCGCCGACGCAGACAUGCAAAACGUGCCACGAGUCGUGCCGGACGUGCAGCGGCCCCGGACAGUUCUCCUGCCUCACCUGUCCCUUCCCGCUGCACCUCGACCGACUCAACCAUCAAUGUGUGCCUUGCUGUGCGGCGGACGCAUCGCCCGACGAUCAAAGCUGCUGCCACUGCGACAAAGCGACCGGUGGCUGUAUUAACGCAUCGCCCGCCGGCAAGCGACGCAUCGGUGCCGAGCAACAGUUGCUGCAGUUCGGCGAGGAGAGCGGUGCGCCAGCCGUACCCGGCGAUGGCGGGGCAGCGACGCCCGGUCAGGCGGCGGGUCGGGCCUGGCAGCAGUUCCUAACUAGCACGUCCACGCCGACGCUGAUGGUGGUCGCCGUGUCCGGCUGCCUGCUGAUUGUUACCCUGUUUGUAGUGAUAUUUACCGUUUUACAGAAGCGUAGCCAAACGAUGUACACUGGAAUUAAGUAUAAUAAAUUAGGCAAGAAAGCAGCGUCGGGCCGAACCACCAGGAUAUCGAUACCGGCCGAUGGCGAUGAUUUACUGGAACCAAUUGUAAAUAACGAUGAGGAUGAGGAGGAGGAGGAGCAGAACGACGACGACGACGACGACGACGAUGAGGAUGAGUCUGGCCAAUCGGGCCCGGAUGGUGGAGAGGAAGAGAGGCACCAACGACGUGGUGGUGGUGGAGGACGUGGCGCUCGCUUUGACAGCCGGAGGUCAACCGCAGCGAUGGCGACCGCCGCCCGAGGGAAGCGGACGUUCCGGUAUGCGCCCACCGCCCACCGGACCUAGGCUGUUACGCGUGGCUGGAUGGAUCUGGAAGCGGAAUGAACACAAUUUUACAUCUCUCCAUCCACAUCCCUCCUCAAACAAAUGACCCCUUCCUCUUCCGUUGUCCUUCUGCACUUUCAUCAUCAACCAGCAACCAGCGGCCCCCUUGUAUCAUCCAUUCAAAUGAAAAUGGCCCUAACAAGGAGUGUGCGUGUAUGUGUGUGUGUGGCAUAGAGAAGCGUGUGUGAGCAAUGUUGGCAUGUGUGUCGUGAAAAUAUUUGCGUGUGUGUGUGUGUGUGUGUGCGUGUAUGAUGAAUGCGUUUUUGAGUGUGCAUGUGAUUAUGGGAAAUUGGUCACCGGAAAAAAAACGGACAUUUAAUCAAGCGAAAGCCAACCAAAAACCGCGGCAAACGGCUGGAUCGGCAGGGCUGACCACAGACGGCUGACAGGUGAGGUGAACGAACGGGUGCGUAGUCGCCAUUCAUCAUUAGUUGCAUUGCAGCGCGGUUGCGUGGAAACGGCCGUUCCCUUUCCAGCGAGCGACUGAUGCGGGAAGGCUGAAAUUUGAUCUUUUUUCUUUCUUUCUUUUUUUUCGUUAGCGCUUUGAUCCUAGGAUGCGUGAAAACAAAAGGGAGGGGUAUUUCGGAAGGGUUUAAGAUGUGUGAGAGGGAAAUGGAAUUUAACGCAAAAGAGGUCCUGCGGUGGCUUUUCCGCUCUUUACCACGGUUCCUUGCAGUUUCAGCAGCAAACGGGCGUGAUUUUACGCGAAUUUUCUGCUCUUUUUGUAUGUUUUGGAUUUAUUUUGUGCUCUUGCUUUCUGUCCUGUUUGAACACUCUUACUAUAGUUUCUUUAUUUGUGUAAUAGAAUGAUCUUUUACAUCAAUUUUUUCCCCUGUUUUGUUUUCUUUCCAUUUUUUUUAUUAAUUUCUACAUUAUUUUUCGCAUCUUUUUUCUAAUCCUUACAUUUUUAUCCUUCACAUUAUCUCUUAUUUUAUUGGAAUGUCUUACAUGGUUUGCCAGGAGUUAUCAUAGCUGUGGAACACUUGACCACUUGCUGUGGAACACUGUGGACUCCUUCUUACGUGAAAUGAACCUAAAGUAAUGGGAAUUGGACUCUAUAGCACUCUUGUUGGAUAAAUCUAGUAGGAAUUUCGAAGGGCUCUGUCUAAUAAGGGUGCCAUAGAUUCCAAUUUCCAACAGAUGAAGCUCAUUUCUAGUAAGAAAAAGACAAGAAAGUGUUUCACAACUAUGAAAACCCCUGGAAAACCCUGUAUCCAUUGUUUCUCAUUCUCGUUUUACUAUUUUCUUUGCACUUUUCUACGUUUCAACAUUACUUGCUCUUUCUAUUCCACUGUUUCUUCUAAUUUUUCUAUCAAUACCUACCACUUAAUAAUUUCUGAAUGCGUUUAAUUAAUUCUGUACGAAUGUGCGCGUGACUAUGUAUGCCACCAAUAGUUAACAGCAUGUGAGCGUGAAUGUGAAUCUGGUGUCGUAAGUGAGUAGGAAACGAAAUCAAAAAUCCCUUUCAAUUCAAGCGCACAAACGCAACCACAUCAUGCUUGUGGUGCAUGUGUGCGUGUACGUGUGUGGAUUGGUACAUGAAAAUGCAACUAAAGUGCGGAGACAGAAACGAAAGAAGUUAGGGAAUAUUAUAUAUAUAUACAGAUAUAUACAACUACACUUAAAUAGAUAUAUAUUGAACUAUACAUAUUUUUUAUUUUGAAAACGUGCGUCCCACGAAGGACAGCGUGCUGCAGGGGGGGAGAGACCGUUGGCAGCGGGGGUUCAGUGGAAAUGCUUAAAACGGGAAGGGGAAAAGGAACAUCGAGCAGUCGCGUCGAGCGUUGAAGCGAAAAGUGUUUCGCAAGUGUUGCUAGAAGCAGACCCGGCGGAAAGGAAGUGGAAGAGACAAAAAAGAAAACUCUUUUUAAAACACGAACCAUCCCCAUCCCCGCUCCAUCCUGCAUCUUUGCAGCGUGGUGUUGCACAUUGUGUACAGGAAACCCCCGUUCAGGCAAUCCCGCUUAUAGCGACGGUUUUAGCGACGGUGCAGGAAACGAAGGGCCAAGGAACAAAAGUGCUUGGAGUUUAAAAGAAAAAACCGCGAAACGCGAGAGGAAUGGACAGCAUUUUCCACUGGGAGUUGAUGAAAAGUGGAGAAGGGAGGGGUAAAACAUGCAUCGUUGAAGCAACGUGAAAAACACUCGCAUUAAAAACACACAAACACUCACACUCACACACAGCAGCCACAUUGUUGAAACCGAACGUGAAACGAUUGUGUCCGGUACGUUGUUCGCGGGAAGGGGUAAAGCCAAA